CUCUCUCUCUCUCUUUCAAACCAUAAAAGAGUUUAAGAAAGCUCAAAACAAAAACAAAAACAAAAAUGUAUAGUUUGGAGAAAUCAUUGAAAAGAAACCAAUCUCGAAAACACCAUCCAAACCCACCAUUAUCAUCAUCCACCAUUCCAUCCUUUUCUUCCACUCUUCUCGACGAAAUCUACAGCUCAAUCGACAUUAAACCCGGCGGAUUAAAGCUUCCCCAUGAAAAGACCUCCACUCGCCGCCGGCAGUCACUGCCUGAGUAUUACAACCCUAAUCCUAUCUCUUCAUGGACCUCAUCGGAUUCCAGCUCCGGCGAUAUGGGUUCUCCGGCAGUGUACAAACCAAGAACAUCUUGUUUUACAGGGGCGCCAAAUUUGAUGAAAAUCAAAACAAUCAUCUCCGAUCAACCGGAUAACAAAUCACCCCAAGUCGAAUCAAAACCAAAAUCCAUGAUCAGUGCUUUGAAGAUGUACAGCAAUUUGAAGAAGGUGAAGAAUUUACCAGUAUCUCCUGGAAUUCGAUUUACCAACUUCAUGAACACUCUGUUUCGCCAUGGAAAUAGUAGAAAAUCAACGAAGCAGUCAAAAUCAACUCAAGAUUCGUCGACAUGUUCUUCUGCAACUUCAUUUUACAGGUCAUGUUUAGCCAAUAAGAGAGAAAAUGAACCAAUCAACAAUGGAGGUAAAAGGACGGUUAGAUUCAAUCCGGUGAGUGUGAUUGUUGACGAUGACUGUUCUGGAAAUGAUUCAGAUAAAUUUGGAAGAAGAACUUAUGGGGGGAAUAGUAAUUACCAAGAGCUGAAUCUAAACAGGAAAUUAGUUGAUAUAAGAUGUUAUUCAAGAGAGGUUGAGGAAGAUGAUGAUGAUGAUAGUGAUACAAGUUCGGAUCUUUUUGAGCUUGAUCAUUUGACAUUCAUGGGAUCAUUUGAGAGAGAUUAUCGGGAAGAACUUCCGGUUAUGAAACUACCCACAUCCAUGAUCCAAACAACUUCUAGAUAUGUUUGAAUGUAAGUUCAUUUUUAAUAUAAAAAAAAAUAAAAUUGUAAAUGUUGAUGUUGGGUAAUUAUGUUUGUUUGUAAAACUCUAA